UCCUGGUGGCCGACGCGGGUGUUAUUGUGGGAAGGGAACCUGUAGCGUGCGUUGCCACCUCCCCGCCGCUCAAGUGACCGGCGCCGCCGCCGCCUCUACGAUUCGCCGUGACCCUCGCUUCCCAUGGCGCGCCGCCGCGUGCUCCUCUUCCUCAAGCCCUUCGACGUCUACCCUCCCCGCCCGUGCGCCGGGUCCGCGGCCUCCUUCCCCACCUCCUCCUCGCCGCCGCCGUCGCAACCGCGCGCCGCCAACCCCAAGGUCUUAAGUUAUCUGGAUGAUAGGUGCAGAGUUCACAAGGACACGAUUGAUCUCUGCCAGAGCGUCCUGCAGCACAAGUCCCUUGACUGGACUUCAGUGCAGAGAAAUAACUUCUCUCAGCCAAUACGUGAUGUGGAUCUUGUGAUCACUGUUGGGGGCGAUGGCACUCUUCUUCGAGCUAGCCACUUCCUGGACAGUUCAGUUCCUAUUUUGGGUGUCAAUUCAGAUCCUACUUGUCCAAAGGAGGUUGAUGAGUUAACUGAUGAAUUUGAUGCGAGGAGAAGCACAGGGUAUCUUUGUGCAGCGACUGCAGGAAACUUUGAACAGAUACUUGAUGCAACGCUUGAUGGCAGUAGACGCCCUUCGGAGCUGUCAAGGAUUUCCAUGAAACUAAAUGGAAUUCAGCUACCAACUUAUGCCCUGAAUGAUAUAUUGGUGUCACACCCAUGUCCAGCAAGUGUGUCGCGCUUCUCAUUUAGGAAAAGGAGCAAUACAGGAGAAAGUUCGCAUUUAAUUAAUUGUAGAUCAAGUGGUCUAAGGGUCUCGACAGCUGCUGGAUCAACUGCUGCUAUGCUAUCAGCUGGAGGAUUUGUGAUGCCACUAUCAAGCCGUGAGCUUCAGUAUAUGAUAAGAGAACCUAUUUCGCCAACAGAUGCUGACAAACCACUGCUGCAUGGUUUAGUUAAGCAAGAGCAACAUAUGCUUGUUGUCUGGUACAAUCAAGAGGGUGCUGUGUAUUUUGACGGUUCACAUGUAGUGCAUUCAAUUCAGCAUGGGGACACACUUGAGAUAUCCUCAUAUGCUCCAACCUUAAAAGUUGUUUUGCCAGAACAUUUGCUAAUGAAGCCAUCUGAAUAGUGAAAUAAAAGUAUUUUUGUGUUGAUGCUUAUUGAUUUGAUAUGAUGUUUGAGGUGAGCUGAGACAUUGAGUAAUUAACUGGACAUCAGUAUGCUAAUUGGUAUUUGCAUUGCACUUUUGAUAUUUGACAGACAUACACAUACUGGUGCACGUCCACUACAUCUAACUCACCAAUAGUGUCAGGCUACCAUCUGUAUCUAUGAUUGAUGAUCCAUUACUCCAUUAGUGUCAUUGCACAAAGCUUGUGCUGUCAGGCUCUGGGCCUUACUUAGGAUUUGCCAGAAGUUCAUGCGUACAGCACUUGAGCUCAGGCUAUUUUCAGCAAGGCUGAGAUCUGACAGCAAGGGCUGAAGAGAGGCUUUGCCCUCAAGCAGGCUAACAACUUCUGACAUCUUUGGUCUGAGUGUAGGUGUCGCUGUGGUGCAUAGCAGGGCAACAUUCAGCACGAGGAGUGCCUCUUCUGUUGAGUAAUUGGAUCCUAGAUCUGAGUCUACCAAUUCCAGGAGAGAUCCUCUCUCCUGCAGAACACAAGCCUGCAACACAUUUAACGUGCAAUUAGCUUACUACUCUCAAGGUAUGUACAUGAUAGUAAAACAACUAGAGUUUGGCGUAUUGAUUCAAUAUAAUCCAAUUUCCCUUGUUCA